AUGGUCCGUCCUAUUGUAAAGAAAGGGUCCAGCGACCAAGUGGACAAUCGACGCAGUAUGGGCAAGCAGGGUAUGGAAUGGAGCCUCCGUUCGCUGCGUCAAAUUGACACGAACGCCAAGUACUUUGCAUCCAAGUACUACUCGAGUGAUUCGGACUCGGGCGACGAAUCCGAGCACGGCGCCGAUCAGACGGCGUACGAUAUUUUCAAGGGGAAACAAAAAGACGACAAGAAGGAUUUGACGGAUCGCGUGGGAGGGGGUGGGGUAGCAUUCAGCCAAAACAUUGCGGGUAAUCUGCACGCUCCGUCGUCCGUGUGGGCCGCCCUCAAUGCGCCGUUGCGAACGGGUGUGGUGGAUGGUCGCAAAGUGAUUUUUGAACUAAAGGAAAAUGUCACGAAAAAACCGGCGGCACCAAGAUCGGAACGGUUGCAACGAUCGCAUGUGGUGAUUAAUGGACAUCGAUCGUCUUUCGAGACAAGAGUUCGAUUGUGGCUCAUGAAAUUCAAUGUCACCAGUCUGUCCUUCAUCUACUUUGCGUCCUUUAUUGCCAUGAAUGUCGUGUUCGGCGGACUCUUUUACAUUCAAGAUGCCAAAUGCUGUGGAGACGAAGAAUUCACAUUUGCCGAUGUCUUUAAUUUUGCCGUGCAAUCUUCGACGACCAUUGGAUACGGCAGUUUCUCACCGGAUGGACAUUGGGCCAACUUUUUGGUCGUCAUUCUCAGUUACAUUGCCACACUCAUGAACACACUCUUUGCCGGACUACUAUUCACCAAAUUUGUCACACCCGUCGUCAAUAUCCAAUUCUCCGAAGUCAUGACCAUUUGCAAUGUCAAUGGUGUACCCUGUCUCUCCAUACGGCUGGGAGCACCCGAUGGACACGGACUCAAUCCCAUGACGGACAUUAACGUACGGCUCACAUACUCUUAUCAAAUUCCAUAUUCGGAUCACAAGGGGGAUCGCAAGUUCUUUCGGCAAACCGAAGAUUUGCAUUUGUUAUCCAAUCGACAACACGGAAUGAAAGAAGGAUCUUGGACGCUACGACAUGUACUCGAUGAAUCCAGUCCCUUGUUUGGAUUGAAUUUUGAAGAACAUCCCGCCAACAAAAUUUACGUCUUUACACUCUCCGUCGAUGCCGUGCAAGAUUUGACCAAAUCCUCCGUCAAUGUGCAGACGGAAUAUGCCGUCGAUGAUAUCAUGAUUGGACAUGCCUUUGUCAAUUUGGUCGAUCAUCAUCAUCAUAACAGCAAGGACAGCGAUUAUAUCAAUAGUGAUGAGCAUCGAGAUACCAGAUAUGCGCCCAAACAAAUAAAGGACAAUCCACAAGUCAUUGUUCGCAAUUUUGAACGACUCUCCGAAACCGAGCCGUAUCCCGUCUGGUAUCCGGCCAAGGCUGGGACAUAUGCGGAAGAUAAAAUAUCAUUUUCGACAGCGAGGACGUAUUAA